UUUUUAGAUCAUAGUAUAAGCACUGACUAUGCCAAUUAUAACAGAAAAAUAGAGUGACAAAAAUAAUGUACCAAGGAGGACAAGGGCACUACCCUGUCCAAUCUUAUCGCGAUGAUGAUGGUGACUAUGGAAAUCAAAGCUAUGGUUACAACUAUCGAAACUAUAGAAUGCCAAAUGAAACUGGCAUUAAGGGAAAAAUCGAACAAAAGUAUUGGCGGUCGAAACAAAAGGUGAUAGAAAAACUUGGCAAAGAUCAGGAUGAACAUGUGAUUGCAGGUGAUGCAGAAGUUGAUGCGAGAUUAGAGGCUUUUCGUCAUAUUAAAAUGACUUGCAUACAGUUGAUGGCAGCCAUUGAGUUUUACCAGAAUAAAAUAUUUGCUCUGUCACAAGAUGAGAACGAGAUGGGACGUUUUUUACGUGACCAAGGUACAACAGAUAAAACAAAAGCUGGCAAAAUGAUGAUAGCUGUCGGUAAAGCACAAAGUUUUGCUGCUCAACAAAGAUUGUGUCUGAGAUCUUCGCUAGCUCGUUUACAUGCUGAAAUGGAAACGUUUCGAUUUCGGGCUAUCCAAGACACGCAGUUGACAGUGGAUAAGAUGGAGCAAGCGCGUUCCGAUUACAGAGCCCGACUGCUGUGGAUGGCAGAUGUAUCGAAAGAACUAGACCCUGAUCAUUACAAACGACUCGAUAAGUUUCGCGACGUGCAAUUUCAAGUAAAAGCAGCUAAAAAAUUAUUCGAUAAAUUAAAAGGAGAUGUGAUUCAAAAAAUCGACCUGUUAUCAGCGAGUAGAUGCAACCUGCUCUCAGCCACUCUAGAACCCUAUCAAGCUGCCAUGGUGAAGUUUUUAAGGUCAACUGCGAAGAGCUACAACGAAGUCUAUCAACAAUAUCAGGGCCAUCCCUCCUAUCAGUUCAACAUACUAAAACACAUCAUUCCAAACAACGGCAUUGUUGACGACGACGAUGAAGAAGUGGAAGAGAAACGUAGGGAGUCGAAAAGGCAUAGGAAUAAGAAAACGAAAGCAAUCGAGCCAGCGAAAGAAGUUACUGAACAAGCAACGGAGGAAGGUAAUUCGAACGUAGCCGAAGAUAAGUUAAUAUCGUUCGAUUCGUCACCGAGUGAAGAGAACUCUGCUGCUCUUCAAAACGUUCAAAGCAUAAAUACUCCACAACAACCACAAGAAGACUUGCUGGGUGGGUUACACCAGUCUGAAGAUAUCAGCCCUGGAUUUGGUGAUUACGCAUCAGAUGAACGUACAAAGAUCGGUGAAAGCGGGUUCGAGGAUCUUCUUGGGAAAUUUGAAGAAAACAACCUUUUAGCAGGUACUAUCGGCGAAUCAGCAGAAACUUCCUUGCUUGGUGAUGUGAAAGAUGGCGGAUUUGCACAGCCAAAAGCUCCUGCUACCCUUGCGCCGUCCGUUGACGACUUGUUAUUUGGUUCACCGUUACGUCAAAUCGACGACGCACAAAAGUCGGAUCUCGAUAUUUUGUCUGACGUGCUUAACAACCAGUCGUUAGGAAUAACAGAGACAGAACACAAUGAUUCGUUCUCUGGUCAGUGGCAAUCGAUGUUCGGCGCUCAAGAUGUUCCAGAUAACAAACCUACGGAUGAAAGCGUUAACUCAGAAAUAGACGUCGACACGAAAAGCGAUCAGAUGUUUAUGCCGUCAUUUUUAUUGGAUCAAAUGCGUAAAGCUGACCCUGUAGCUAUGACGCAAGGCGCACCUAAGGGUUUCACAUCUGUAAAGGACUCUGAUAAAGUUAGUAAGACACCUCCGCAAUCCCGUAAGAGUAAGAAAAAAGAAGGCAAAGAUAUGUCAGCUUGGUUCAAUUUAUUUGCUGAUCUCGAUCCUCUCGCUAAUCCAGAUGAAGUUGGAGCUACAGCAGAAGCGAGUGACGGGAAACAAGCUUGUUAAUCAAGACGAAAACGAAUACAUAGUAAGAUGUUCCACACUUUGACCUACAUUGAGUAGUGUAGAUAGAGAAUUGACAAAACUGUGUGUGUUUGUAGUUGUACAAAAUUCUUUACAUAAUAAGGAGGAUAGAAUGUUUUUUUUUAUUUUUACAACGUAUUCUUUCAAGCAAGGUUUGUGUUCGGCAUGUUUGACCCAAACACUCUUCAUUUGCUUUUACAGAUUGCGCAUGUGCAGCUCAUAACAAACAAUUUAACGUGUAAAAUUUUCAAAACACGUUUCUUUAUUCACAUUCAUCACAACACACAAGUAUUUCUUUAUAUUUUUUUGCAAUAUAUAAUGGCAGUCGAAAGUCCUCAAAGUUGCUGGACUAAAUUUUAAGAUAUUUAUUUCUUUUUUUCCGGAAAGGGUGUUUUUGUAUUUGCGCAUGCGCUUACUUUAUUUAUUUUAUGGUCAUACCUUAUGGUGAUGAUUCUAUAUUUUGGAUGUAUUUUAUGAAAAUAGAAAUUAUAUGAAUUGACUAUAAGUAUUUACAA